AUCGAGGUUCGACUUGGCGAAGGCGAGCAGGCGCAGUCCAUUUGGGUACACAAAGAUCUCAUCUGCUCGCGGUCAGCCUUCUUCUCUAAGGCAUUGAACGGGAACUGGAAGGAGGCGGAAGAGAAGGUGGUGAAGUUGCCGGAGGAUGACGUGGAGAUAUUCGAGCUCUACGUCCAGCUGCUGUACACGGGCCUGCUGCCCGAAAAAGAAAAAGAAGUCUCAGAAGAAGAGAAGCCCAUAGAUUAUCAUCUCGUAUCCGAGUAUAAGCAGCUUUGCAAGCUCUACGUCUUCUGCGACAAGGUCCAAGAUGUCUUCUCGAAGAACAAAAUCGUCGAUGCUAUCAUCGAAGCCACAGAGGAGAAACAGAAGGACGGGCUCGAGCGAUAUCCGUCCAGUACUUGUAUCAGCCUCAUCUACGACGGCACGACCCGGUCCAGUGCGAUGAGAAGGCUCCUAGUGGACUUCUACAUUGAGCAGGGAUGGUCUAAGUGGCUCGGCGAGAAGGACGCCGAAGUAUUACCUAAGGAUUUUCUCUUCGAUGUCGCCCAAGGGAUGCUCGAGCGGAGAGCCCGGCCU